AUGCCUGGCCACCACGAGACCUCCUGUGCUGGCCCCCAGAAUGGGGCUGUGGGGUGGGAUGGGGCUCUGUUCGCCACUGGACGCCGGCCCAUCAGAUACGGCAGCUCCCGCCGCGGCGUCGGGGGCCGGCUCGGCUCCGUCCGCUGCCAGCGGCUCCGGGGCCAGGGGGGUCUCCCCUUCCCGGCUGCCGCCCCCGCCACCAGGGUUUCGGGAAAGCGGCUCUGGGCGGGCUGUGGUCGCUCAGCCCUCGGCAGCGCUGCCCACAGCAUGCCCAGGGAACAGCUCACCGUCUCUGUGGCCGAAUUCGCACUUUGGCCGCUGGCCGGGAGGUCUGGCCAGCACCGCCGCCUGUGCUGCUGGGCGGGUGACAGGCCAGGGGUCCCGGGUGUCACCCCGAAGAGCACUUGCAUCCGCCACAGUGAGGCUUGCAGUUUGCAGGACACCCACGGUGGUGAGGCCGUUGUGGCUGGAGCCGGGGUGUCCCCGAGGACCGUCCUGCGUCACCGGCAGCCGGAGACGGGGAGCGGUGACGCGUGGGGGCACGGGGGGCUGCCCGCAGCAGGAGCCCCGCGGUGCCGAGCCGUGCCAGCGGCCGGUGUUUCCCGGGAGGCGCUGCCGGGAAGGCCGGCUGCGGCGAGCCAGGGGUGCCAGCUGGCCGGAGUGUCCUGGCCGCGGGCCGUGACCUUUGCACGGCCUCCGGGGCCGCUCUCCCGGGCCGCCCUGACGGAUACUCUGAAGGCUCAGCGUCAAACACAUGGAGAUGGAGUGUCCUUGUCACCCGCCCUGAGGUGCUGUGUGUCCCCCACAGGUGACUCUUGGGGGAUCUUCACCUUCCUGUGCGCCGCGCUUUGCAACCUGCCGGCGCUGCCGGCGCUGAACUGCUCCGAGGAGCUGGGCGCCGGCCAGUCCAUCCAGCAGACCUACGACCUGACCCGCUACCUGGAGCACCAGCUCCGCACCCUCGCCGGCACCUACCUGAACUACCUGGGCCCCCCCUUCAAUGAGCCCGACUUCAACCCCCCACGGCUGGCACGGGCUGAGCGGGUGCCCAGUGCCACGGUGGACCUGGACCUGUGGCGGGGCCUGACGGACAACGCCCGCUUGGCCGCCAACUACCGGGCCUACAGCCGCCUGCUCUGCUACCUGCGCGUGCUGGACGGGCAGGUGGGCACGGCCGAGCUGCGCCACCGCCUCGCCCACUUCUGUGCCAGUCUCCAGGGCCUGGUGCUGAGCAUCGGCGGCGUCAUGUCCUCACUGGGGUACCCGCUGCCUGCUGGCCCCGCUGGGCCCCCUGCGCCCCCGGGCACGCCUGCAGCCCCCAAUGACUUCCUGAAGAAGAUGGAUGAUUUCUGGCUGCUGAAGGAGCUGCAGACCUGGCUCUGGCGCUCAGCCAAGGACUUCAACCGCCUCAAGAAGAAGGUGCCGCCCGCCGUGGUCACUCUGCGGCUGGAAGCGAGGGGGUUCUGAGCACCUGCUGGGCUCCUGAGUCCACGACGCCGCCACGGCCAUGCAGGUCCCCUCUUCCACCACCAGUGUGCCUUGAGAAAUGGGGCUCCUGACCUCCAAACCACCCCACAACCUCAUCAUCACCUGGCAGUGCCUUGAAAGAUGGGGCUCCUGACGUCAAGCGUCACCACAGCCACCUUGCAGCUCCUCCAUCAUCAUCAUACUGUGCCUUAAGGGACAGGGCUCCUGACCCCAAGUGCCACCACAGUCACCCCAUGUCCCCUGGCACCACCAGUGCUCUUCAAGAAAUAGGGCUCCUAACUCCCAGGUGCCACCACAGCCACCUCACAAUCCCACGUUCAUCACCGUGCCUUAAGUGAGGGGCUCCUGACCCCAAGUGCCACCCACCGCAGCCACCUCACAUCCCCUCUGUCACCACACUCUGCUGUAAGGAAUGUGUCUCCUGACCCCAAGUGCCACCAAAGCCACUCCAUGUCUCCUCUUCGCCACCAGCGUCCUUUCAAAACUGUGCCUCCUGACCCCAGAGUGCUGCCAAAGUCACCCCACAUCCUCAUCAUCACCCGGCUGUGCUUUAAGAGGUGGAGUUCCCUACCCCGAAAUGCCACCAGUCAGCCCACCGGCCCUCUGUCACUAUGUUGUGUCUUAAGGGACAGGUGUCCUGACUCCCAAGUGCCCUCCCAUGGUGUCCCCAACCCCCAGGGUGCCUGUCCCCAUCCCUAAAAUCUUCAGUGGGUGCAAACCCUGCCCAUCCCAAAAAGGACCAAGGCCCUCUGAGCAUAGGAAUAAACCCCGCCCCAGCCAGCAGCAAGCCCCGCCCUGGAGCAAUAGGCUCCACCCCAAUGGCAAUAACCCCCGCCCACUCGCUGUGUAGCAAGCCCCGCCUCCUCCCUGCAACAGUCCCACCCCCUUUGCCCAAGCCCCGCCUCCCCAUGGCUGCCCAUCUAUGCAGCGGUGGGGCAAGGCCAUGGGGCGAGGCUGGGGCGUGGCCGCUGUCCCGGUGCGUCUAUGAGUGUUUAUUUAUUGGAGAUGUUUGUUUAUUUAUUGGGUUAUUUAUUGCAGAAGAUCUAUUCUUGUAUGAACGAAUAAAAGCCUUUCUCCAGC